AUGGCCCACGGAGACCUCUCUUUCCCCCAGCCUGAUGGAGCCUUUGGCCCACCACCACAUUCUCCCACUCUCCCGCCAGGGUUCCGUAUCCAAAGCCUCAGUGGUCGUCAUCCAGCCUUGGACACGUUCUCACAUCCGUUCCAAUCGGUGGUGGGCAAAUUGAACAAAGAGUACAGUUUGAAGCCCUCUGCCGCAACUUAUGUCAAGGCCAUACAUGCGCUGCACACGAACGAGAUACGUCUCCUGGCCAAAGGAGCAGCCAAUAUACAGCCACUCAGUUUAGAAGAGCGCCGCAGCUUUGUCAACGGAGUCAAGAAUGGUCUUGCUUCCACCGAGGGCAAAGACUACAUGGAGGAAGCUGCCAUCGCCGCCGCGGACGGUUGUACAGCAAUCAAGAACCUUUUCACCAAACUUGGCAAAGACCUCAAGGACAUCGACGACAAGCUGGAAGCCACUGGGGAGAAUGUGCCUCCGUUUGAACCCCUGAUCAAGCCUCUUCAACGGAAAUAUGACGAAAUCGUCGACGAUUGCAAGAAACUUGCGUCAAAAGUCAGUAUCCAAGGCAAGAAAUUCGACACAUCCAUCAUCGCCUUUGCCGCCGCCGAUGGCUUGGACAACAGCGUCAAACUGGCCAGAAUUGAAAAAUAUAUUGACGAAGCCACCCAACUCAGCUCGGACGCGGACGCCAUCGUCGACGACUUGGACAAAUUGCAAAAGGACUUUUCCAAACUCACAACCCGCUUCCGUGACUUCAGCAAGCAGCGACAACCGGGGUUUCACGCCAAAAUCGAAACCGUGCAACAACAGCUCGACACCCUCGACAAGAAACUCAAGGAUCUCAAGCUCCAAUUGACGGUGGUGACGGCUUCGGCGGGAGUCGUGGGCACGCUUACCACGGGUCUAGCCGCCAUCUUCGCGCCAGCAUCGGCGUUUAUACUGGCCAGCGGAUUACUUGCGACGGCAGGGCUGGGUGUAUAUGCCGCCGUCCUUGCUGCUCAGAUCGAAGAAAUCGAAAGAGACAAAAAGACCGCCCUGACCAAUCUCAACCAACUGACCGCCGCGGAUGCCGCGUACCGAGAGGCCAUGACCGCCUUGGUCCAACUGAGCCGGGACAGCGACGAGACUCUGGCUGCUAGCAUCGAAAUGGUGCCGAAGUUGUUGAAGAACGUCAGUACCGACGCCGAGGCGAUUAAGGAAUGGCUCGUCACAGCGGGAGAUGAUGCGGCAUUGCCGGAAGCCAUGGGAACGGAUCUGAAAGAAGCAGGUCAGAUCUGUGAGUGA